AUGCGGAUGACUCAACUUUCUGAACUCGUAGGUGAGCCGUGCGCAUGUGGCCUUCCGCUAAUGUGGAUGUGGCAGAUUGGGUCGCCAGUUGCUCGUGGCUCGGUGGCCUGCGCAGAUGCAGCGUUGAGCGGCGCCAGAUUUGCAAGCGUGGCCGGGCCAGGCCUUGCCAGAUCUCAGAAUCGCGCGUUGCCUUUCCGCAGCAUGGCGCACCAGAUCCGGGCGCAGCGGCUCAGCCAGAUUUCAUCCCAUGCCAGCUGGACAGUUUGGGCAGGAAGCAGCGUUGCGCGGCGCCGGUCCAAGUCUGUUCAAGAACCAAGGCAAAUAAGAAACAACAGCCGACAUGGCAGCCUAUUUCCUGCGUGA